AUGCUGGUCCAGGAUCCAGCUACAUCCGAAUUUCACGUCCUACCGCCCCAGGCCACUGUAGCAGCACAUACAGCCACGCCAUGCCGCUCGCCAGAAGCACCUUUAACAAUUGCAAACUCCGCUUCCGCUAGAGCCGCGUCUGGCGGCGCAGAAAGCGGCGGGGGAGGCGGAGCGAGCGACAAUAAGUUUCUGCGGGUGUCGAUCCAGUCCGUUGCGCUCGCGUUGGCGUUCGGCGGAGCGGCGGCGUUUCUCCGCAUGCUGCUGUCCGCGCUCCCCCCGGACUUCCUGUCGCGCUGGAAGAAGCUGUUCGCGGAGCAGCCGCACUUCGACCCCAAGACGGCCGUCGAAGCGCGCCGAGCCACCGCCAUCUACGACUGCCACGGCGACUUAAUCGCCACCGUCGUUCCCGGCGGGUUCGGCGGCCGGCGGAAGGACGCGAGCAAGGGGCAGGCGCCGUUGAAGCCGACGGAAGUGCCGGCGGUGAUGUGGCAGGCGGUUAUCGCGACGGAGGACCGACGGUUCUUCGAACACCAGGGGUUCGAUCCCAAGGGCCUGACACGUGCCAUCAUGUCAUUGGCGCGGACGGGAGGCGGGAGUACGAUCACGCAGCAGGUGAGGGGUGGUGUGCGAGGAGGGCGGACGGGCAGGGCGGACGGGUUGGGCGGACGGCUGGUGAAGAACGUGUUUCUGUCGAACGAGCGGCGGUGGACGCGCAAGCUGGUGGAGAUCAUACUGGCCGUGAUUAUAGAGAGGCGCAUGACCAAGUGGGACAUCCUGCACCUCUACCUCAAUAAGAUCUACUGGGGCCACGGGGUGACGGGACUGGAGGCGGCAUCAGCGCUCUACUUUGGAAAGCACCCGUCGCUGCUCACGCUGGGCGAGUGCGCCAUGCUGGCCGGUAUCAUCCCCGCGCCCGAGCUCCUCUCGCCCUACCGCGACCCCUCCAGGGGUCGCAAGCCCCAGGCGCGGGCGCUGAGGCGAAUGGUGGAAGCCGGAUUUCUGGACAUUGCCACGGCCACGGAGGCCAUGCAGCAGCCGCUGCGCCUGGGAUCCGAGGCCAAGCACGGCACGUCGGGGCCGUGGCGAGCGCCCUUCUUUGUCAGCGAGGUGUUAUACGAGCUGGCGCAGAGGUACGGGCGCGAGGAGGUGGUGCGGGGCGGGCUGCAGGUGCACACGACGCUGGACCUGACGAUGCAGGACGCGGGGGAGAAGGUGGUGGGGGACGGCACACGCGAGUACGACCAGGAGCGGGAGGCGGCGGCUCGGAGAGACAUUGCGGCGAUUGCGAUGAAGCUGGAGGAGCUGCGGGGGAGGCGGCAGCAGCAGAUCCUGGCGACUGUGGCCGCUGCUGCUGUCAAGAGGUCAGCAGAGUUCCGUAAGAAGAACGGCCAGACACAAAAGACUGUGUCUGAGAUGAUGGCAGACGAGACGGCAGCAGUGGCGCGCACCCUCGAGCGAUUUGCAGCCAUGGAGCGCACGCUGACGACCGCCAUGCAGCGCUACGAGAACGAGCUCAGGAGCGCGCAGGCCGCCAGGUUAGAAGGAGCGAUGGUGGCCAUGGAUCCGCUGUCAGGUGCGGUGAGGGUGCUGGUGGGGGGCCGGGACUACUACGAGAGCUGCUUCAACCGCGCCACCCAGGCGCUGCGCCCCCCCGGCUCCACCUUCAAGCCCGUCGUCUACCUCACUGCGCUCGCCGAGGGCAUCACCAAGGACUACGUGUUGGUGGACGAGCCAUACGAGGUGGGGGGGUUCGCCCCGGAGAACUACGACCGCAAGUUCCGCGGGCCCGUCACGCUGGAGGAGUCGCUGCUCAAGUCGCUCAACGUGCCCACCGUCAAGCUCUGUGCUGAGAUCGGCGUGGACAAGGUGUGCCACAUGGGGCGCGCACUGGGCAUCAAGACGCCGCUACCGCACGAGCUGGCGCUCUCACUGGGCGGCUGUGAGGUGACGCCGCUGCAGCUCACCACCGUCUACUGCACGAUCGCUGCUGGGGGCAUCUACCACCGCCCGCACCUGAUAACGCGCGUGGAGUCGUACAACGGGAGGGUGCUGGAAGAAGCUAAGGUGUGCAUGGAGCGCAGGGACCCGGUGGUGGAUGAAGCAGCGGUGGGUGAGUUGAGGAAGCUGCUGCAGGCCGUGGUGGAGCGUGGCACCGGCAAGGGGGCUCGCAUGGACCGCCCGUGUGCUGGCAAGACUGGCACGUCUGAUGGCCACCGCGACUGCUGGUUCGCUGGGUUCACCCCGCAGCUGGCGUGUGUGGUGAGUGGUGGGAUCUUAAUCUCUCGUACCUUGUCCCCACCUCUCUCGCUCUUCAUGCCCAACCCCCUGCUGCCCUCUCCUCCCCCCCAGGUGUGGCUGGGCUACGACGACAACAGGCCGGUGAGUGGCCUUUAUCCUGGCAUGGGCUCACCUCGCUCCAAUGGUCCUUCAUCAAGCAGAACAGGCACCGGCUCACCUCCCGCUCACUCCUGCCCUGCACCUCCCUGUCACUGCCUCACCACCCUGCACCCAUCCCCACCCCUUCCGCCGUUUCCUCCCUGCCAGGUAUGGCUGGGCUACGACGACAACUUGCCAGUGGGAGGGCUGCACCCCGGCACCGGUUCCAGCCACGCCGCACCGCUCUGGAGCCGCUUCAUGACCCUCGCCCAUGAAGGGCUGCCCGUGAAAAAAAUCCUUGACCCCGCCCGGGACAGGUACAGUGGGCGGGCAGCCGGGAGGGAGUUUCAGAAGAGGAGCCGGCGGGCCCAGAAAGUGGGGUUGAGUGAGGUGCGGCGCAGGGAGGGCGGGAGGAGGAAGGGCCGGAGGGAGGUGGUUUGGAAGGAUGUGUGGGACUGGGAAAAGGCGAGCAGUGGGUGGCAGGAGAGGGAGAAGAUGGAGGAGUGGGCGGUAGCGAGACGAGAGAGGGCUGAGGAGAUUCGAGCUUUGAGGGCUAAGUGGGGCUGGCUGCCGUUUGUGAAGGGGAAUAAGGGGGCAGGAGGGGAGGGAGGAGGGGAGUCGCCGGGGAGAGGGUUGCUGGGGGAUGAAGGGGAGGAGGUGGGGGAGGAUGAUUACGAGGAUGCACUGCGGUUCUUUGAGCGGGCGAACCAGGAGGAGGGGCAGGGUGGGAGGAGGAAUGUGGAGAGGGGAGGGGAGAGGGGUGGUGGAGAGAGGGAGGGGGCGACAGGGAGGGGCAUUUCUGCAGCAGCAAUGGCUGCUGCUAAGUGGGGCGCGGGGGGGAGAGGCGGGGGGGUGGAGAAGCGAGGAGGGAGCGGGGAGACACGAGCAGAGAGGCGGGUGGACGAGGAAAUGGGGAGGAGGUGGAGUGCGGAGGAGGGAGUGGAGGGGGAGGACGAGGAGGAGAGUGAGGUUUGUGCGAGGGAUGGGGAGGGGGAUGAUGAGGAUGGGUUGUGGGAGGAAGGGGAGGGAGAGGAGGAGGAGGAGGAAGAGCCAGAGGAGGUAUUGGCUCGCAUGCAGGAGAGGCUGGAGGAGCAGUUUGGGGUGCGACUGGUGGAGGCUGUAUUUGAGAGGCGAGGGGGGGAUGCGGGGAGGGCGAGUGAUUCAAAGGGCAGGGGGGAGGGGCCUGGUGGGGCCGCAGGAGUGCGGGUUGGGGGAGAGCGCACGGGCGGUAGGAGAGAAGGCGUGAGUGUGGAGGCGGGUGGGAGUGGCGAGGGUGCAUUGUAUGAGGCGAUGGCGAUGCCGUCUGUACGAGCAUCAGCCACACCUCCUUCCGCAUCGCUGGGAGGAUUGACAUGGACCCAAACCUCCCUUGCUGAGAACCAGGCAGCGUCUGCAGCAGCGGCGGCGGCAGCAGAAGAGCAGAGAGAGGUGGUGAGUGCGAAGUUUUUCACAGCAGUGGAUUCGGAAUCUGCUGUGCCUGACAUCUCUCCGCUGCAGCCGUGGCCUGAGAAACAGGGCGACGGGGCAGAGGGGGGAGGGGAGAUGGAGGCGUGCUGCCCCAUGCCGCCAUGCACGGGCCUGCUGCCUGCCUGCAGGGAGCCGUCACUGGAAGGGAGUGCAGAUGCUGAGAGCGGUGAGGUGGGUGAGAGGGAGCGCGAGGAGGAGGAGGAGGAGAAGCGGCUGGGGUGGACCAAGCGGUUGUUUGUGAAGACCAGGGUCACGGCUCCGAGCGGCGCACCCCUGCCCCCGUCUUCGUCUGUAUCUGCUGCCUACUCUGGUCCAUACUCUGCCUAUACUGCCUCAGCUACAUCAGGAAGAGGUUACUCAGAGGAAAAUCCUGGGCAACGCCAGGUGUCUUCUCCUCUCGUCCCAUCCCCCUCCUCCUUGGGACCUCCGUCGUCGCUAGCCCCUUCAAUCCAGCCCCCUCCAGCUUCCAGCAGGUAUGCUGCUGAUGCCAGCAGCGUGCCUGGCAGCUCAGUAGGCGUGUGGGGGAGUGCAGUGCCGUGGCGGCAGCAGAAAGGAGGUGGCACGGGGCCCGAUGCUCCAAGGGAUAGGUCUUCAGGUUCCCCUGCUUUGUUAGGAAGGUUUGGUGGAAGGAGCCGGACAGGUAGGACGUAG